AUACUCUCCACUUCCUCUGUCCUCCUUUCCUUUUGCAGCCUGGGAAGAGGGAGGGGAAUGGAUGUGUGCGCAGCGCGCUCCUUACAACAUUCCCGGACGAGAUUGAGAGUCACGAGCUGCCCACGAGAGUGCAGAAGUGCCGAUUUGUCCUCCGCAUCAGGCGCUCUCUGAUGGGGAUGCUGAGUGGGGAGAGGGAGGGCCUGUUUGAGCUGGGACAGCAGCUCCAGCAGCAGGGGGAGUACCAGGCCGCCCUGCACUGUUUCCUCAGCUGCCUGCUUGGACUGACUCACGUGCAGAGCUUCGCCUCUCUGCCCAACUGCUUGCACCAGAUUGCAGAACUGUUCAUCACUGAAAAGAAUUACGGGAAGGCCCUCCAGUUCAUCCGGGCUGAAAAAAUAUUCUACGAGGUCGCGCUGAUCGAGCUCGCCGCUCUGCACGGGAGCACAGGGCUCCAGGAAGAGCCUUCGCCGGGCUCUGCGGGACGGGCGACCCCAGAGGAGCUCUCGGAGCGGGCCUCCCAGGCGCAACACCUCGAGCGGCUGGCCCACCUCUGCAUCGUGAGCAAACAACCUCAUCUUGCGCUCGAGUACAGUGGUAAGGCUGCCCAGAUCCACCAGAGGGCCUUUGGUAACGACCAUCCAAUAACAGCCAGAAGCCUGGAGUUUAUGGCCACAGUCUAUGCUGAGAUUGGCAAGACUGAAUAUUCAGACUCCCUGGGUCAGCGUGUGUCUGCGCUGUCCAAACGCUUCGCUGCUGCGGAGUGCAUCGGGGACACAGUCGACCGUUUUCCUCUUUCACAUCCGGAAAAACACUCCGAGGUUCGCCACAGAAAGGACUCUCGCCACCCACAGUUUAUCAAUGGGAAAAUCCCCACAUCCAUCCUCAAGAAGCCAAGCCCCACUUACGGGUCAGACACAGAAGCCACCCAAAGACGGAAAGGCGAGCGGAGAGUUCGAUUCCGGGAGCCGGAGACCACCGUGCACGACAUUCCUUCCUGGGACGACACAGGCGCCUAUGAGACGACGCCCUCCCGCCCUCACCUGGUCCUUUUCGCUUGCAUCUUCCUGAUGAUGUCCUUCGUGGGCAUCGCCAUGUACUGUACAGAUCGGCGGCGUCCGCAGCGAGCGUGCGAGCGGCCGGAGGCCGCUCUGGCUGUCUGCCUGCUUCACAUGAAGCAGCUUGUGUGGGGUUGUUGGAUAUGGCUGACCAUGCAGUGAUGGGGACCGACCACAGGAGGAGACAUAUCCUGCGUGCAACCUUUGUGGCGAAACAUGCUACCUGUAGCCCCCAUGCGUGGAAAGCUGUUCGAUUUAUUUGAUAUCCUUGACAUCCAAGGUCCAUGUAGUAGUACCCUCUUAGUCCUCACUGGUAAGACAAUUCACCGUCACUCGUAAUGUUUUUUUCCCCCACUAUUACUGACUCUUGUGGCAUACAUGUAUGCAGUUAAACCUCCCCAGUAAAUUACUGUGCUGUACUAAUACGAGUAGUAGUACUACUGUAACAGUGUGGGCCCAAUGUGUUUCGGACUAGUAGCCUCCUGGACCCUACAUGUAGCAGCAAAAUGCCCACUAGUACUUUUACCUCCAUAGUAACAUGUAGUUCUCCUACGAAUAUGCCACGCUACUAAUGUGCGGAAAUGUACGGCAGCGUAUUGCAUUCACUUGGAUUAACCAAAAAAAGAAUAAUAAAACUCCUGUUUUUCUGAUGAUUUUUUUCUGUUUUUCGGACUAAUCUUUUUUCCGCCUGUUUUUUUGACACAUUUUUUCUGUUUUUCGGACUAAUUUUUUCCACCUGUUUUUCGGACUAUUUCUUUUCUGAGUUAUCGGGACACAUCGAAGUCACGCGAGAGCCUGCGAACUGCAAGUGACCCUUUGCGGACUCGCUCAUGCCGGUUUACUGCUCGGCCCGGAUUGCGGUACAUACGCCGGCGAAGCCUCAGCUGCACACCAUGUGGGUCCAGUAUUUUCAUCUGUCUCCUGAUCGUCUCUUGAGUCGCCACGUAGCCAGCCUGAAUGCAUUUGAAAUGCAUUAUCUUGUAUCCAUGGAGCGUACCAUAUCUGUCCAACUGAUUCUGGACAAACAUUGCUGUAUCGAGCCUGAUCUGAAUGGGCUUUCCUCCUGAACAAACGCAAAGUCAGCAGGUGCCUGCGUAAUGUCGACAAACUAAUAACAAUACCAUCUAUGUGACUCAAAGACAGGAGUAUCUCCCAAUGUCUUAAACCCAUAUCAAAAUAAAACUUGAUCAAACUGAAUAAGCCGGUCAUGUUGCUUACUACGGAUUCCGCAAAGAGUCGCUUGCAGUUCGCAGGUUCUCGCGUGAGUUCGAUGUGUCCCGAUAACUCACAAAGAAAUUUGUCAGAAAAACAGGUGGAAAAAAAUUAGUCCGAAAAACAGAAAAAAAAUAGUCCGAAAAACUGGUGAAAAAAAAUUUGUCCGAAAAACAGAAAAAGAAAUAGUUAGAAAAACAGAAAAAAAUAGUCAGAAAAACAGGUGGAAAAAAUGAGUCCGAAACACAGAAAAAAAAUAGUCCGAAAAACAGGUGAAAAAAAUUUGGCCGAAAAACAGAAAAAGAAAUAGUUAGAAAAACAGAAAAAAAUAGUCAGAAAAACAGGUGGAAAAAAUGAGUCCGAAACACAGAAAAAAAAAUUGUCCGAAAAACAGGUGAAAAAAAAUUUGUCCGAAAAACAGAAAACAAUAGUCAGAAAAACAGAAAAAAAUGAGUCCGAAACACAGAAAAAACAAUUGUCCGAAAAACAGGUGAAAAAAAAUUACUCAGAAAAAAAGGAGUUUUCUUUUUUUUUUAUCCAAGUGAAUGCAAUACGCUUCCGUAGAAAUGUCAUAAUAUAGUGAAUUUGUUAUUUUUUUUUACCAAUAAGACAGCUGUUCUAGCGAGGAAAAAGAGUGUACUAGUACAUGGACUUUAAACCGGAUGUUAAGGAUACUGAAUAAAUGCUUUCCCAAACCAAGCUCAUUUGUGUACGUUUACAAUCACACUACGUCGGUGUCACAACUUCUUAUUGAUAUGUUUUGCACAUUUCCGCUCACAUAUUGCUCGCCGCACUUUAUUCUUCAGCUGUAAGUAUUGUAUGUUAUUUACAUUGAAUGCAAAUAUUUAUUUCGGUCCAGUACAUGAUUUGUGUAUACGUGACAUGCAUUUGAAUGUGUUUGCGCAAUACACUAACAAGUAGCAUAAUAUCCCGCUUUGUAUUUGUCUGUGAGUGAAUGUAAAUCCUAAUAAACUGAUUGGACACAAAAUUAGACACACUUACACAAUCCAAUGGAAGAGCCACAUCAAGUGUAAUGUGGGCGUUAGAAAGAUGAUCGUGCUGUUUUCUUUCAGUUAUUUUGGCGAGAUGUUUGUUACCAUUUCGACUACUACAAAUAACCAUUGUUAAAUGAAUACCAAGUGUUUUUAUCUUUGCCAAACUGGUAUUGGAUCUCAUUAGCUUGUGCAGGUGUAUUUAAUGUGUCCUGUGAGCGUACGUGUCAGCUGUAAUUCGCGCAAAAUGCGGAAGAGGCCACAAGCUGCUCGACGAGAUUGCUUUCCGAGACUGGUCGACAAUCCAUCUGAAAAGCAUAAGGUGUCCAACUGUUCAAGAUGUUGGAUUCCAAAAGCACUAGUUACGCUUCCUUUGUGGUGACCGAUGCUAAUCGAGCUUCAGAUAAAUGUGCGGAUGAGUGACAGCUGGAGCAUAUUCCACUUCUAUCAAAGUAUUUUGAGGCCAAACACAGACGACCAAUAGAACCAGCUGUUAUGUCAGCCCUCUUUAUCAAAGCGUCAUUCAAACCACCGUAUGCAUUUAUAGGCACACAAUCGCACUGUACCUCUCAUUAUUAGCAACAACACGUAUCCCAUAUUUCUUCAUGUCAUGGAUUUCGGGGAAAGUAGAUUAUGUCAUAUAUAGAUAGAUAUAUAUAUAUAAUACUUGUAUGGAAGCAAAGAGGCUCUACUCUUGCCAACAAAGCUGCGCGUAUGCACAGUUACCUUGGCUGCAUUUCAGGUCACUUUGUAACAAGUGCCUUUAUAUGGACUGUUUUCUUGGUUCCUUCUGUUUUGUGAUUUCCGCCGUUUCCAAUAAAACUCAUCAAAUGGUUAUUGA